AUGGAUUUGAAAUUCAAAUAUUUUGAAAUAUACAUGAAGAAUUCAAGGGGAUUGCAACUCUUCACUUGUAGAUGGUUGCCAGUUUCUUCUCCAAAAGCCAUUGUUUUCCUUUGUCAUGGUUAUGCCAUGGAGUGCAGUACAUUCAUGAGAGCUUGUGGAGAAAGGUUAGCCAUUGCUGGAUAUGCAGUGUUUGCACUUGACUAUGAAGGACAUGGACGCUCUGGAGGUGUUCGUUGUCUCAUAAAUAAGUUUGAUGAUAUUGUUAAUGAUUGUGAAUAUUUUUUCAAGUCAAUUUGUGAGUUCCAAGAAUACAAGGAAAAAACUAAGUUCUUAUAUGGAGAUUCAAUGGGAGGAACAGUGUGUUUAUUAUUGCAUAAAAGGGAUCCUUCAUUUUGGGAUGGGGCUGUUCUUGUUGCACCCAUGUGUAAGAUAUCAGACAAAUUGUUGAAGCCAAUUCCCAUUGUUAUGAACAUACUUACAAGAUUGGAGGAUAUCAUACCAAAGUGGAAAAUAGUUCCCACAAAUAAUAUCAUUGACUCUGCCUUUAAAGACCGUUCCAAAAGAGAAGCGAUACGAAGUAACAAAUUGAUAUACCAAGACAAGCCCAGGCUAAAAACAUCAAUGGAAAUGGUGAGAGCUGGCAUGAGUCUUGGAGAUAGUUUACAUGAGGUUGCACUUCCAUUUAUAGUGUUACAAGGGGAGAAAGAUACAGUGAUAGAUCCAGAAAUAAGUAAGGCAUUAUAUGAACAAGCUCGUAGUGUAGAUAAGACCAUCAAACUGUAUAUUGGAAUGUGUCAUGGCAUAACAACUGGAGAGACAGAUGCAAAUAUUACACUUGUAUUUGAAGACAUCAUGGCAUGGUUGGACAAGCGUGCUAGCAAGACAGAUUAUGAUUCCUCUAAAUUAAAUGAAUUUGAUAAUGAGAAAUAA